AUGGAAGCAGAUCAAGAAGGAGUGGACGAUUUGGUUGAGCUGGCGGAAAUCUCAGAAAAAGCCAUUGCAGCCAACUUGUAUGUUCGACUCAAGAAGGAAACAAUUUAUGUAAGUGCCGUGACCUUAUUUAACGCCUAGCUAGUCGUGAUUCAACGUCAAUGAAUGUGAUUAAGCCAUUAUCCGGUCAAUAUUAGGGACUUUUUACAUGAAGAGAGAAAGAUCCUAGCUUCAGGAACAUCCUAGAAGGCAGAUCAUCCUAGCGUCACAUGUUUUCUGUAUUCAAUUUACAUGCAAAAAGUUGUACUUGUCCCUGGCGCUAAGAUCUUUCUAGCUGAGAGGAUGGAAGAUCCAAAUACUUGGAAGAUCUUAGCACCAUGUAAAUUGCUUUCGCUAGGAAGAUCCUAGCACUAGAGACAAACCGCAUUCACAUGGAGGGCAGAUCGUUAAGUGGGUAAUCAUUAAUCUUUAAUUCCCUCUCACUGUUAACCACUCGGAACAAAAGUUCUGCAUGUAAAUCCAACACAAAGUUGUUUCGCCUAGGGCUGCGAUCUUCCCCCUCUAUGUAAACAGCCCCAUUAAUACGGACACUCAAUCGGAUGUGCUCUUUUGACAGACUUACAUAGGCCGCGUGUUAAUAGCAGUGAAUCCCUUUAAAGUACUUCACAUUUAUGGCCCGGAUGCGGUAGAUUUCUACCGUGGUGGUGGGGAGACAGAACAAGGAGACGAGAUAGAUGUCCCAGAUCAUGAUGACCGUGCCACCCGCUGUACAACAGCACAGUUGCCUCAAGAUAUACUGGAGAACAGAAGAAGAAGCCUUCAUGUUUCUAGUGAUACCAUGGGUCAAAGCGGACAGAGCAUGUUUAAGAAUUGCAAGGUGAAUACGUUAAAAUCCACUCUCUGUAAGGCAUGGGUCUUUUUCAUAUACAGUUUGGACAAUAUUGGACAAUAUAGAUUUAGCAUAUUUCGUAUGUUUCAUGUGGUGAAUAUUAGGCGCUGUGAUUGGUCGUUGCCCAUGAUCUGCUAGAGUACACACGAAUAGGACGUCACAUGAAACUUGUUCUUAGUUCUUUUGUCCAACACGGCGCGUGGUUUUGAGUGAAAGUGUUGCAAUAUAAUUUAAGUUAAGUUUAAUGAUAGUUUACCAUCCGUACGAAAUUAAGGUGAAAGAUGGCGGGAAAGCAGCAGGGGAAAUUGAAUUCUCAUUCUAGGGCUACUCUCCUUUCGGAUUAAGCCAGUGAAAGCCUUGAAAAAAAGUUUAAAGGAACAGUUUACAAGUAACAAAAACCGAGAAACUGAGACAAAAAGAGUUCUCGGCGACUUGAAAGUUGUGAAAGUGACCAAUUAUUCUUUUAUGUUUCUAAAAAAACUGAUUGAUUUGUAGGGCCCAAAGCCUCCUCACCUGUACGCGCUAACUAACACUAUGUACCAUAAUAUGAUGAUGGAACAUGAAAACCAAUGCGUUAUCAUCAGGUUAGUACCAAAUAAAUUAAUUAUGGUCCAAGUAGUGUUCAAUUACAAGAGAGAAACUCGAAAGACGCAUGGUGGGUGUCGGAAUCACAGACCUGAUUUAAUAAGGAACCCAAAUAGCGAUUGGAAACGAGUAGCAUGCAAUAUUAAAAUUCAGUUUAAAUUAAAUUUUUUGCCCAUUUAGGGUCUGUUUACAUGGAGUUGAGGGAUACCAGGUCUGGUGGCAAAUUGUGUGAAAAGGCGGGUUACCCCACCUAAACGGGUUACCUCACCUACCUGGGGUCCCCCACCUCCAUGUAAACAGGCCCUUAGUUCAAAGAUGUCAUGACAACGUCUCUUUUAACGUAGGGUAUUUUAAAAGACCUGCACUGGACGUAUUUCUCAACUUGAUUAACUGGAGAAUUUUUAUCUUACAAUGAUAUCCCACUUUCAAUCUAUUUUUAUUUGUUUAUUGUUUCGUUUCGUUUUGUUUUGUUGUUGUACAGUUGUUGUUUUUUCUAUCGUCUUUAGCGGGGAGAGUGGGGCCGGUAAGACGGUUUCCGCCAAGCAUAUUAUGAACUUUAUAGCUAAAGCAUCAGGAAAGGGGUCGGAAAAAGUCGAGGUAAGAGAAAUUAGUUGAAUACUGUGGUAAAUACCACAAAAAACAGUUUAUGUCAAUUCUUAGACAACGUUAUGCAAUUCAGUUAAAUUGUAUGGGAUCAGGAAUAUUUCUUUUAAUAGCCCUUCUGUAUUCUCUCCUUUGUCAAUUUUUUUUGGAAACUUCUCAGAAUGGGAUUUUAGAGCCAAGUUCCGUUAAACUAAUAGGAACUACUGACAAACUUUUUAGACAGAAAGUUGUUUACUCUUUUUAUAUAGUUUAACUAAUGUUUCGAAAGUCCACCCUUUACUAUACACGCUUGCUGCUUGUAAAAUCACGUUGUUUAAUGUUAUUCCAGCAUAUCAAGGAUAUCAUUAUUCAGUCUAAUCCAUUAUUGGAAGCCUUUGGUAACGCCAAGACUAUGAGAAACAACAAUUCCAGCCGAUUUGUAAGUAACGAUCGACUGCUUUUCCCUAUAGAGCUGAUUUUAAUCGGUUGUUGAAACCAACAAAGUCGUUUUCUUUAGUUUUACGGCUUGCAACGAAUGUUUUAAGUACGCUACUUUGGGGGUCGUAUAGCUCAUGCCAAUUUGGAGCUCACCAUAGAAAUUUAUUUGCUGUGUAUUUUUUGUAAUUUACUCAAUGGGCUGUCUUUUUGUGUUAAUCAGUGCGUACGGCUUGUUUCCAAUUUUGGCAGAGGUUCUAAAAAGCCACCCUGAGGGGCGAGCAAGCCUUGGGACAAGACACACACAUCGGCAAUGUGUCUUCGAUAACUUCCAGAACACAUUAUAGGUUACCUAUUGAUUGAAACAAAAGACUGAAACAAGCUGUAUCGGACAAAACCAAACAUUUGUCAAAUUGAGGUUUAAUGUUCAAUAAAUUGGAAUCUACUGGGAAUCCUAAUGUAAACAAAAAUGGGAUCAUUAUGCGUUUCUGGGUAACUGAUCACCCACCCAUCCCCUAAAUCAACAUUUUGCCCUAAGCGAGAAGUAAGUGUUAAUGUUGGUUUAGGAGAGGGGUUGGUAGUCAGUUACCCAGAUACGGAAAAUGAUCCCGAAAAUGUGCAAGUUAUCUGUAUUAUCUGCUUACUUGCCUCCAUCUCUUUUCCUGAAAGGGCAAAUUUAUGGAGAUUCAGUUUAACUUUUCUGGCCACCCCGAUGGAGGAAAAAUUUCUAAUUUUCUCCUUGAAAAGGUAAGCUAGACAAACUAAAGACAGUUUUCCUUGAGAAGGUAAAUGUUCAUCGAGAUAACUCCUCCUUGGGCGUAGAAUGUUCCUGGGACGUAAAUUUAGCAGUCCUACUCUUUCAAAUCGACGUCAAAUGUGCUCAUUCACUUCCCAGUUUUACUUAUAUGAUUAUUUAUUAAUCAGAUCGUAAAUGACAAAGACUUCAUUAACUGGUCUUUGAUUUUUACGUUUUUUUCUAGUCACGUGUAGUGCACCUGAAUAAGAAUGAACGUAAUUACCACGUGUUUUAUCAGCUGCUUUCUGGCUGCCCCAAAGAACAACACAGUAAGUAAACGUACCAUCAAUGUACCAUACCUUCAAUGUCUUUUACCCAUCACUUUAUACUUUUGGACUGCCUAAGUUUAAAGUAGAAGAAAAUAAACUCUGAGGAUAAAUUCAAAUUUUCAAGAUCAAUCGGAACAAUUUCCAUGUGAAAGAAAAAAUUCUUCUGGUGAGCUUUGUCGUCUAAUUUUUUUAUUCCUUGAGGGGAUUACCGCGACAGGAUAAGGUCAGUCGGCAGAGUGCUUGGCUGUAGAGCAAGAGUUCCUGGGUUCUAUCCCUGAGGCUGGACCAGUAAUCGGGGUCUUAAAAUAACUGAGAAAUGAAGGUGCUACUUUUGCCCUGUGAGUGCAUAAGGAGACAUAGAAAUAGCGUCCUCAGUUAUAUUUUUAAUGCUUAAUACAUUGGCAUUCAAAUAAAGUGCAUUUUUUUUCUUAUUUUUCUUUGAUGUCAGACGAUUUUGGGUUUGAAUUUGCCAGACCUGAAUUUUAUUUCUAUCUAAAUCAAACUGGUGUCUACACAGUGGAUGGCACAAACGAUGCUGAGGACUACAAUUGUUUAAGGGUAAAAAUUAUUGUUAUUCGCAUAUUUAAAAUAUUACUUUGAUAUAAAACGCUUUUGCAAAUAAAUCAAUACAAGGCGAUUUCGUUGAGGCAAAUACACUGUUUACAUUCGAAACCACCCAACCGGGUCAGUCCACCGGGACCGGUCUUUUAUCCUCCCCGGAAAGAGACGAGAGGAUGAGUGCACGCUAAUUUUCUCGAGCAGCGGCUGAAAUCGAGCCUACGUUUAACCUUCCAUGCCAAAUAAAUAUGGUGCUUAAUGAAUGUAAGUUGCAACAUAUCUAGUACCACCCUGUCCGCACUCCUUCAGUAACCCUCACCGUCGUUCUGUAAGCUUGCCAACUCACCGGGUGUCUUGAAAUAAAUAACGUAAACACGAGGUUGACAGGUACCUUAAAAAUGCCUACUAUUAAUAGUAGUAUAGUAGGGACCAAAUUAACGUUUUUUGCGCUCGAACUUUGCGCGCUUUUAUUUUGAAAACAUAUUAGAUUCUACAUUAACCGAUCAGGGUUUAGAAGAUACUGGGCAAGCCCAAGCAGCUCAUUUGAUGAGAUACCGCAGCAAUUAAAGAAUGAGUUAAAGGUAAAAGGGUAUAACCUCAUUCAUCUAAAACCUGUCAAACCGGUUAAGCCACCUAAAAUAGCACAUGUCAUUGACCUUAUCUUAAUGAGAUUCCAGCGCAUUUCAUUUACGAGACGGAGACAUAAUGGUGUGACGUCAUCGGUGUUAAUGUAUUCCUCUGCAUGUUUAUGAGAUUAUUCUACCAAAAAGGUGAAUUCGGUCCCUUCUAUACUACUUACUAUCUACUUACAGCAAGCGAUGAGCGUGGUUGGGUUUAACUCCACUACUCAGUCAACGAUCCUAAAGUUGGUGUCGGCCAUUCUACAUCUUGGUAACAUAAAUUUUAAAGAGGAGAACAACGUGGCUGUACCUGUCAGUGACAACAGUAAGUACAAAUCAUUAACUAAAAGUUACAGAAGUCUCGGGAUGAUGUCUAGCCUGAGAAAAGAGCCGACAUUUUGCGUGACCAUCACUAAUUUCCCUCGAAAUGUCGUCUAUCCAUGUCACUAUCCAAGUCUGGGUAGUGCUUUAGAUGGUUAAAGCAAAUUUCUCUCUCGACACAAACAAUCAGGGCCGAGUUGUUCAAAGCUGGGUUAAGAUUACCCAAGGUUAGUGCGAGAUUUGAAUUCAGAUUUGAAAGCUUAAAAAGCAUUUCAGUUUUAAUUCUUUUUGUCUACAAGUUGAUGAUUGGAAGCUCUAAAAAUAACAGAGAAAAUUACCCGAAAAAGAAACCCGGGUUAAGCGCUAAUCGGCCUUCGAACAACUGGGCCCAGAAGUACAGAGUAGUGACAAGUCAUCAGUUUCCCAGGCGUCAUUUCGAGGUGAAAACCAGUGGUGGCAUGUCGCGAAAUGUCAGCUGUUUUACCAGGCUACUUGAUGUCACCAAUUAACAAUAUUGUACACUUUCAGUGCUAACUGUUCCAGCGAGGCUUCUUAGUGUCGAUAAAGACCUUCUCAAGGAGAAAUUAGUCAGGUAAUGAUUGCUCAAGCUUUUCAUUUUACUAAGCGAGUUAAUCAAGAAAGUCCACUUGUUGGCACAACUGAGAAUUACACAAAUGCUUAUAACUGGAAUGGGUACUUAGCAAAAGACACCCUCCUUAAAACUGUCAGACUAUCUUUUAAGGGACCCCUUAUUUGGCACAGGUUAUUUCUGUCUUUAUGAUAACGAUCAAAUGAAAGAAACAGUGAUUUUCUUUUUUUAAGCUCGAUAAUGGAAGCUCGCUGGGGAGGCAAAGUAGAAGUAACAAAGAAAACUAACAACGCUGACCAGGUUCGUGGAUUUACUAGGGGCGCUUUUCAUUCAGCCCAACAUUUUAGAAAUUUCCGCUAGAAAUCAAAUGGAACGGACCAUUUCGGUUCGGUCAGAGAGGAAUAUUUGACCAGGGACAAAAUUGUUGUCCCUAGUACCGCUCUUUUGUAUCCUGCUUACAAGAACAAUAACCAAACGCGCAGUGGCUUGGGUCAGGUCUGUACCAUUCCAUUGGACACGUGAAAUGUCCGAAAUUUCAGACCGUAAGUUUUGUUGAAAAGAAAGAACCCCAGUAUUGUUCAUAAAAAAGGACUAUCUUUGUGUUUGAUUAGCAAUCAUGUUGUAACAAAAUAUAAAGAAAAUUAAGAUGAUAUGUACGUAAAACGACAGGCACACAAACGGCAACAGCAUUGUCGAGACUGCCGCCAAAUGGGCUAUAUUUGGGGAAGUAACCAAUCCUGCUCCUCCCCCCUCCCUUCUGCCUCCGAUCCAACAAAAGUCACCGACAUAAGCUUAUUGUUACACUAUUAGUUUUUAUUUCAUUAGCCGUUACAGCAAAGUUAAAAAAUUAAUCCAUAUCUCAUCUAAUACACGGCUUUAUUUCCUUUUUAAAAGGCUCUUCAGGCCCGUGAUGCGUUGGCAAAGGCUCUAUACUCACAGGUGUUUGAUUAUCUUGUACAGGUAGGGUAUGACGGCAAUCACCGUAACAGUUUUUCUUCUUUACCUGUUUAAAAAAUUCACCAAGUCAAACUUCGCGUUUUUCUUUGCUUAAUUUAGUGAGUAAUAGAUACAAAUACUUCGGAGUCAUGAGUGAUAUUUUCCUAAUAUUUUCUUCUUGUUUUGUCUUUGCCUCCUCUUUAUUUAUGCUUAUUUCAGUGAGACUUUAAAUUAUCCUUGUCAACAACACAAAUGUUUAUUCUACAGGGCAUCAAUGAGGCUAUGCAGAAGGAUAAAGACGAAAUGUCUAUAGGAGUUCUUGAUAUCUAUGGCUUUGAGAUUUUUGAGGUGCUUUUUUAUCGAAAACUUAUUUUAAUUUCUUAACAACAACAUAGGUUAUACAUUAUACACUUAAUGUCAGACCCCAAGGGAAACAGUUAGUUUUGUUUUCCCGAGAGUCCUGAUGUUUCCCUAGACGAAGUCGAGGGAAACAUCAGGACUCGAGGGAAAACAAAACUAACUGGUUUCCCGAGGGACCUGACAUUAAGUGUUUUGUUAUAUUUCUAGACUUUCACUUCAACAGCAACAAAAGAAUUACCGGAGCGAACCAAAACAGUCGACUCGGUACUUAUAACAACACAAAUUUAAUUCUCAAAACCACUGAAUGAAUGAUUUACAAACAAAAGCCACUUUCCUCAUAUUAUGUGCAUCUUUUUCCUCCACUAGCUGCUGUUUUUCUUCUGGGAACUUCUGCGAUAACUUUAAAAAUCGUUGCUUUUUAGCUUAAGGCUUCGUUUUUGUGUUGUUGUGUUCAUUCACGAAAAAGAGAACUGGCUGGACCUGGCGGUGUUUUUCCCGCCUUCUGUCACGCCACUUUCCACCAUGCUUUGAUCACGUGCUGCAAUGUAUCCCGAGCGGGAUACAUUGUUUAAUGUAUCACGAUCGGGAUACAUUUGAUUUUAGUCAAGGCCACGUGACCAAGAAUCAACCAAUGGCAGUCCCUGUUUAGUUGAGUGAAAGUCUAGGAAUAUAACAAUGUAAAAUGUUAACUGAACAGUCUUGAUUAGAACGAAAACUUAAAAAAUCCCAAGUGUUCCCUCCUCUCGCCCCCUCCAACCAUCGAUAAAUAGAAACAAGGCGCAGAUAAAAGUUCAUGCACCACUUGGUAUCACAUGUGGUUUCGUCUUUUCCAGUGGUUAUUAGCGCACCCAGCAAUGUGCCACACGCAGGUUCGUUUCUGAGCUUAAAGUUGUUGUCACAUCGAUAUAUUUUGAAUAUCCUACUUACCUAUCGGCAUUCUAGUUUCAAAACAAUGAUCACGUCCAUUUCUUGAGCUAAGUGUACAGUGUUAAGCUGCUAUAAGUCUUCUGUAGCUCAGUGGUAAAGCAUCUGAAAUAGAGAGGACGCCUUUGACAAGAUGACGUCACUUUACUUCUUCCACCAGAAUCCUUCAGACUUUCUGAGAAGACCAAAAUUCAUGUUGGAAUGUCUGACGCACGCGCACUAACACUCUUAAUGCACGUUCUCUUUGUUUCAGCACAAUCAGUUUGAACAAUUUGCCAUUAACUUUGUCAAUGAAAAGUUGCAGCAAAUUUUUAUUGAACUCACGUUGAAAAUGGAGCAGGUGAGUUAACAAUAAAGAACUUUUUAUGGGUUUUAAGUCUAACCUAGAAAGUAGAAUUAUAGACUACAAUACUGAAAAGAAGUUUAUCGAAUUCGAUUAAAUCAAGCUAAUUAGUAACAAAAAAGUAUUAAACAAGCAAAAAAAUUUUGAUUAAUCGUGAAAUAGAGUCUGUGUCUGGUAAAUUAACCAGUGAAAUCGAGAAAAAAUGAAACAGCAGAAAUGGCGGGACAUAUCAAUUUGUUAUGGCAAAAUCACUGUGUAUAAUACUUUUGCAGUUUCUUGUAGUUGCAGAUUGAUACAAUCACCGAAUCACGUGAUAUAAAACAUUAAGAGGACACCUAACAAUACCCACACCACAAACAAUGGCUAAUCAAUAAUGGUCAAUGGCUAAUCAAUAAUGGCCAAUGGCUAAUCAAUAAUGAUUUCAACAACACCAAGAAUCACCGAGUCACCUAAUAUAAAGCAUUAAAAGGACACCUAACAAUACUCACACCACAAACAAUGGCUAAUCAAUAAUGGUCAAUGGCUAAUCAAUAAUGGUAAACUGGGCUAAUCAAUAAUGAUUUCAGCAACACAAAGAAACAGGCCCCUUUUUUAAGUGACCAACUUCCAUUGAAAUAUCUCGUAGGAAGAGUAUGUACAGGAAGGAAUCACGUGGCAAGAAGUCAAAUAUUUUAACAACAAGACGGUUUGCGAGCUUAUUGAGAGUAAGGUAUCAGUAUUUUUUUAGCUAAUACAUUCAAACCUGGGUUUUUCAAUAACACCAAGGUCUCCUCUCCGACGAUGAAGAGGAAGUUUAAGUCAAACCAUUUGAAAUAACAAUAAUAAUAGUAAUAAUAAUAAUAGUAAUGAUAAUAAUAAUAAUGAUAAUAAUAAUAAAAGCAACAAAAAUUCGUUCUAACGUAGCUCAUUUGUGUUCUUUAUGAAAUAUUCCUUGAUUCUCUACAUUUUUAUAACUUGGACACAAAGAAAGUUUCUAUCUACGCCCUACGAUAAGUUAAACGAACAAUUUUUGAUGAUAAUGAUUGGCGGAACUGUUAACGUGACAUAAAGCGUUUCGUUUCUUAUUGAACCUAAUCUUAUCAAGUGAUUGAGUUAAACGUUUUGUGACGUCAUUUAAACUGUAAUCACUCGGUCUUCAGAGACGUUUUGGCACUUGAUUCACAGUAUAAAUCUCAUGACAAAACGUCUUACUCCUUCACUUGAUAAAGUAUAUAGUUUUAGGUUUUAGGUAAAAUUAUGAAUUUAAAAAUCAUGUGAUAGAUUAGUGUCAGUACCUAGGAAAGUGUCCCCAAUUAGCUAACUUUUAAGCUAAAUACAUUGACACUAAAAUGAAGUUAUUAUUAUUAUUAUUAUUAUUAUCAUUAUUUUUAUUAUUCUAACGGAAUCGAACGUUUUUGUAUGCCAACACGUUUCUAUGCUGGGAAUAUGAAACCUCGUUCACUCUAAAUAGUAGUGGGUUACAUAUUUAUUUUGAUAUUUUUUCAUCUCUUUGUUAGCGUCCCCCUGGUAUUAUGUGCACUCUUGAUGAUGUCUGCAGCACCAUGCACGCAGUGUCUGAAGGCUCAGAAAAAACUCUCAUGGAGGUAUAUAAUAAAUUCUUAUAGAUUAACUUCCUUGUGAAAAAAUAAUUUUAGGAUGUUAUAUAUUAUAUGCGAGUAUUUGAAUAGCUCUGUCACCUCUCCGCAGAAGAAAAUUUUUGGAGUGUCCCAUCUUUGUCAGUUGCUCAAAGGAUGACAGAAGCGUCGUUUUUCAACGCUUAAUAUAUUCUUGAUAAAAAAAAAACAACAAACAAAAAAAAAGUCAUACUUACUGUUUAAAAUGCAUACAUCGAGUCUGUAACCGUACAAAAAACAACAGCAAUAGCAAACAAACCUGCAACUGCCGUCCAAUACUCUGCGCUCAAUUGAAUCACUGAAUACUAUAGCUAUAAGAUCGUUUGAAUCUUCAAAUGAGGUAUUUAUGCAUCCACGCCAUACUUUUUCGCCUGUUAAUGGCUGUCACAUUUCAUUAUGGAUGUUUUUCUGAUUGAGUUGAUUGUUUUUACUUUAUCAGAAACUCCGAGCGAUUGUGGCUUCCAAUAAAGAUUUCUCUCGUUACUUUAGGGCGCAGUCAAACUACUUUACCAUCACACACUACGCAGGAAAUGUAAGUGACGCGUAACUCGUGAAUUUCUCAUACUAGGAAGCAAAUAGUCUGCUACACAGCCGUUUUUAGAGUCGUCACGCAACGCUCCUCGCCUUUGAGGGGAGGAGCGUUGUGUGACGACACUAAAAACGGCAGUGUAGCAGACUAGGAAGCAAACGAAUAAACCAAAAAAGGCUCAACAUACUUAUUAAACACUGCUGCAAACAAUUCCUUAGAGACUUAUUUGCAAAGUUCGCUUCAUGCUAGUUUGUUAAUUUUUUUCAGGUGGAUUACGAGGCCAAAGGCUUCUGCGAGAAGAACAAAGACGUGCUAUCAAAUGAUAUGAUUGCUUUAAUGCAGUCUAGUGAAGAGUAAGGCCUUUUACUUUACUUCACUGAAUAUUUCUCAAAGCUUACUUUGCUUAUUCAUCUGGUAUGGAAACACGUAAUGUUGAUUUUACGUACCUCGUUUUAAGUACGUACCAGUGCAGUGUUCAUUUUUCUCUCCAUGAACUUUUAAAUCUCAUUCUCCCAUGGAACACUACAUGCUGCAUUUUGAUCCUUUUUGAUCAAGUCAAUUAGCGACGGCUUAACACAGAUUACAUGGAAACACGACAAGUUUAUCUCUAAAAACUUAUUCUUCUUUGCCCAAGGUCACGUGUCCUAUUACUCCAUGCUGAAGUCCCUUGAUGUGACGCUUAGAUCUUCACAUGUCAGUUCAAAAUUAAUCCUAGUACUCUAAAUACACGAAACCGUUUCUUUGCUGUCUGUUUGUUUUUAACUGUAGCGCUUUCGUUCGUGAUCUUUUUCCUGCUGCUCCGAGCAAUGAGAGUACAGGGCGCCGUGCCAAGUCCAAUACAGCUGGAGCCAAAAUUAAGGUAUUUCCUGUUAAGCACAGUUCCUUAUCAAUAGUUCAAGACUUGAGUUUCUAAUACAUUAGUACUUAGUGCUUAAGAAGUAGACGUAUAGUGUCUUCUUUCUCACCAAUAGACCUUUUUCACAUGACGUCACAUCUGUCAUGUUUGUGUCCUAGAAGAACGAAACGGCGGCCAUGUUGGCGUCCCAAACUAAUCCUGUGGGAGUGGAACUCCUUUCUUAUGCAAAGGCCUUUCUUUUAUCUCAAUGAAUUUGCAUAACUACUGACUGCGUGAGUGGCCUUUCACAUGACGUUUAACGUCCGCCGUAUCAGUUGUUGUCCCAAAACAAUAAGUCGACGGCCGUGUUGAUGUUCCAAACCAGUCCUGUGAGAGAAAUCUUUUUCUUAUGUUUAACUCCUUCAUUUAUCCCAAUAAUUUGCACAUUUUAAUUUCUACCCACGUGAGUGAAGACGCUUCAUACUUUCCAUAGUUUCCAAGUUGUCUUACAGUUUUUUUUGUUAACACUGUUGAGCCAUGGCCUUGAACUACUCAUUGAGCACAUUAUUUGUUAAUCGACGUCAACACUUUUUUGUGUCAUUAAGUCGCAAGCCGCCGCCCUGAUUGACAAGAUAAUGACCUGCACUCCUCAUUAUGUCCGUUGCAUCAAACCAAGUGAAUCCAAGCAGCCACUAGACUGGGACGACCAGAGGUAAGUAUGGAGUGGAGAAGUGUAACGUCACGUUACCAUGGUAGCAAAAUUUCUAGAUCUCCACAAUCUUUCUUGAAAGAGAAGGGCAUUUGCCUAGGCGAAAGAUGGAAGAAUAGUAUGGAAUACCGUUUUGUUCUUGAGUGCAUUCAAGCACCAGAAAAUCAUACAUUUCAAAGCUUCUGUUUUCCGCCAUAUUUGCAGCACCACAGUUUGUUGAGAUCCAGAAAUUUUGCUACUAUGACAACGUGACGUAACGACUUCUCCUCUGUACUAUUAGAGCUUAUGCAAAGGCGUUUUUGAACAACUCACGUCAACCGGAAGUCUAUUCUUUUUCAUCUGAAAUUACCUUGAUGCUACCAAAUUUGUAUUCCUAAGUGUCUUUACUAUUACACAGACAAUUUGUUCAAAAAUUGAGGAAAACCGCCGUCCAAAAAUGCCCAAAAAAAGACCACUAACGGUUGACGUGCGUCGCUCAAAAAACGUCUUUGCUUAAGCUUCAUUUUAGUUGAACAAAAAAUUCAGGGAACAUAAUGUCCUCAAGAAUUGUCUUCCCUCAACUUCUUUAACUUUAAUGCUGACUGAGCAUCAGGAAAAUAAAUGAUGGAAAUAAUUUAACACCUUGGAAUAGUCACAAAAAUAAUCCAUUUGCCGGUAGGAAAAAUAAGGAAGAAAAAAAUAUUUUUUAAAGUUUUUUCCUGUGACGAAGUAUCCACGUUGCACCCUGUAAAUAUAAUUUAGUGCAUAGCUAUUAAGGUAUCUAAUUUUUGCUGUUAUGUUUUGAGCAGAUUUUCACUCGUCUUUUUUUUAUGCGGGUACUUUAAAUUCAAUAAGAUUAGAUUGCUUUCACAUGACGUCACUUCCUCCAUGUUGUUGUCCCAAAACAAUGAAAAGGCGGCCAUGUUGGUUAUUUAAACCAAUCCGUUGGGAAUUAAAUUCUUUUCUUAUGUAAAAACUUUCCUUUUAUUCCAAGAGAUUUGCAUUGCUGCUGGCCACGUGAGUGAGUGUCGUGAUACAACUCACUUCGACUCUGAAGAUGACUACCGCACAGGUUGUCGAAACGUCCGAAACUGUCAACAACAAGAGUCCCCUUCAGGACUACGUUCACCCGGACGAUCAUACUGAACAUACUUUAAAGGCUCUAUUUAUUAUGUUUUUCUCAACUACUUGCAGAGUGUUGCAUCAAAUUAAUUACCUGGGUUUAAAGGAGAACAUCCGUGUCAGGCGAGCUGGGUUUGCAUUUCGUCGACAGUUCCAGCAAAUCAUUUUUAGGUUAGUAGUGCUUUGUCAAAUACCGCCCCCCUACUCCUUGAAAAAAUGCUAACUCCACCCUGGCCACAGAACGGUAGCACAGAAAACAUUCUACUCUCCCUGCGUUUGAAAUUGCGUAUUUACAUGUUAGGUAUUUUAUACUAGUGUUGCGUCUUAAUUACUAUUCGGGUAGCUGAGAUUUUCAAGGCUUAUAGCGAGCUUCAAGUAUUUUUUCUUUCUUUUAUGGUAUAUUUUGCAGGUAUGGGAUAAUCUCUCCUCAAGUUCACAAGGGCUGGGAUGGUGACCCGGCUGAAGGAUGUCGCGUUAUAAUGAAUGAUGCGGGAAUCGAUCCUUCAAAAUGGCAGGCAGGAAAGACAAAGUUGUUUCUUAAAGAACCAAGCACGGUAAUGUAAUCAUUGAUAUUUAGAGAAAACGUGAUAAUUAGAAUUACCAGUCUCUCUGAGGAACCCAAACGCCUAAAUCACAAUUUUAUGGCAAUGGAAGGUGUCGAGUAAUUUAUGCUAAUAGAAAGUCCUCUAAACGUCCACAGCCUUUAUAAGAAAACCAAAGUCUGGUUUAAGCCUGUCCAUUAUCGCUCUACUGCUUAUGGAUUGGCGUUCAUGGUUACUCUUCUUGGCAAAUCUCGAUUCUCCGACAUGCAUAAAGAGCCUAGUAGGCUUCUGAAAGCCACUCACUCUUAUUUAAGAGUAUCGAUAAGUCAGGAACUGGAUUUAAGACGCAAUUAUAGCUAACUUUUGAGAUGCCCCCCCCCCCCCCCCCCCCGUUUUUAGAGAAUUUAUUGCAAGGAAGGUCUAGGUGUGUUUGUUUGUUCUCCUUUUUAAGGCCAUAUGGAAUGCUAUAUAUAUAACUGUCAAGCUGAAUUAACUUUCUAUUGUUUUCUAACUGGCUAUUACUUUUGACAGCUAAACGAGCUUGAAGACGUCAAAAACAGGAUUUUGGAAAAGUAUUGCAUUACAAUUCAGGGAACUUACCGAACGUACAGAUUACGGAAAAGAUUUCAGAAUAUACGGAAAGGUCUGUAUAUGUUUUAUCUCUGAGGUUAAGUUGCACACAAGAUCACGCACACAAGAUCACGCUUUUUAAGAUAAACACUUGGGUGUGAGUGUGGGGGGGGAAGGCCGGGGAAGGAGGGGACUCUUGUUUGACAUUGACAAGGAUGCUCUUCGUUUCGCUGAGAGGGAUAAAAAUCACCUUGGGGUGUUCAGAAUGGAAAGCAAAUGUUUUUACCCUAGGUUUGUUUGGAAAGAGGAAAGAGCUGUAUUGCUGUGUGUGAGGAUGAUCCACUGAGCAACGCCCAAGAAAAGUCUCCCGCGAUCCUUUGGUCAUGUUUGUUUGCUUACCUUUUGCUACAAGAUCGUCUUCUCCAAGAGUUCAUGUUUUGGCUCAAAAUUAAUUAUCCAUGGUUUCAAUUUUAUCUUCCUGUUGCUCUUGGGUAUAGAAAUAACGAGAUCGAUACGAUAGAAGGUACAAAGUAAACCAACGAGGAAAUUUGAGUUACACUGCUUAGACGUAUAAAUGACAAUUUUGUUUAUCAUUUUGUUUAUCUUUUUUCUAACUUUUAAGGUGUAGCUGUGAUCCAGAGAGCAUAUCGACGACAUAGAGAGCGAAGUGCUCUUGAUAAGCUCAUAACAAUUAAAAAAUUGCUUCAAGGUGUGUAAUGACGUACUCCGUCUUCUUAGACUUUCAUUAAACUUGAAGAGGUUAAUGAUCUGUUCUUAGUUAUGGACAUGAAAACACUGCGAUGUUGUAUUUUAGCACUUAAAGAUACUAGAGAUAAGGUCAUUGGCCUAUGGAAUCUGAAUGGCGUGAUGAUUUAAAGGGUGUGUGCAGAUUCAUAAUAUAUAGAUUUAGCUAAUGCCAAAAGCGAAGCUCUCGUGGGACAUUUUCUGAAAAAUCUUACUCCAGUAGUUCAACGUUUGCCAUAACCAAGAAGAAAACUAAAUUCCACCUUUAAAAAAUGGACCUGAGCUUGAAAACCAGAAGUCCCUUGUUGAAAACCAAUAAGUGGUCAGCGGAGAGCUUUAAAAAACGUAACCUCAAUAAGUUAUACACCUCAGCCCGCGAUACAGCCAUGUGACACUGGUUAGCGGAUACACCUUUUUGGCAGCUUUCAAUUGACUAUAACAUGGAUGUCCUGAAUAUCAAGUUUAAAAAGGAUUGUUUAUACCUCGGCCUCCAAGCUAGUAAGUGUGACAUCUCACAUCUGCAAACAUAAAGGGUGGAUGUACUUACGUGCGAUUUGUCACAAUCACAACUUUCUAGGAUGCAUAUAUAACCAAAUUUUAUUAGCAUGGUUCUGCGCUACUGCGCCCGCGAAAGCUCCGCUAUACGUACGCAAUCUGUAAAUAUAUGGGAAAAACACUGAUCUAUCGAAUUGAAUGUGCUCUUAUUAAAUCUUUUAGGAGUCGAUGUCCUAGGGGACAGAAAAAGAAGACGAGCUUCGUGGGACAUGGGUUUCAAAGGAGAUUACAUGGACUUCCAGAACAAUAAGCCCUUACAGAACGUAAUAAGUAAGGCUUACGUUUAUGUUAUUCAAACUAAACAUUAAAAAAAAAUUAAAUUAUGCACAACAAAACCCCAAUUCUUUCAUUAUAGAUUUAAUGAAAGUCGGAAUAAUGAAACUUUUGGGAGGGAGAGAUUCCAUCCUUUGAGCGCAGACGUCCAAAAAACAAAAGUAAAUUACGUGGUGAGCAGAGUGAGGUAAGCCCUUCCAGAGAAGAGUGGAUAGAAUCAAACGGGUAUCGGGAUAAUGCUCUAUUCAUUAACGAUCAAAGUUUCUCGUCAAAGUUUCUCGUAUCGUCCCCAGUACAAACAAUGAACAUAAUAGGCGAUGCCAGUUUAAUUACCUAGUUAAUCUCCACUGCUAUCAUGAGUUACUUAACAGUGCCUUUCUUUUUCACGUAGCGGAUAAAAGGGUGGAGUUUGCGGCUGAAGUAAGGAAAUACUCUCGCGAUGGAAAGGUAUUAUAUUGACACUUGUAGAGUCUUGGCGGGGAAAAAAACAAGAUCAGUGGUUUAACCCUUUAUUUUUCUGUCAUAGGAGCAAUUUCGGAUUUUAGUGUUGACGGGGGUGUGGCUGUACAUUAUUGGUGAAGUAAGUUGAACUUACCCCAGAGAAUAUUUACUAACAUCACUACUACAAUCACCAUUGCCAUUAUCGUUAUUAUCGAUAACUUUUGUUUUACUCCUUCUCAGUUGUCAUUAUUAUUAUUAAUAUUAUAUUUAUUUUUUACAAGCAGUCAAAGGCGUAUAAUAAGCUCAUUUUUUCGUUUGUCUUUUCACAGCUGAAAAGUACUCAGAAAUUAGGAGACGUGGCUUACAAGGUUAAGCGAAAGCUGCACAUGGCCGAUAUAAACUCUGUCACAGUGAGGUAAGGAAAAACGCAGUGCUUAACAUGAUAAAUGUAAUUAAUGAAAGAACAGUGAUAAUCAGUAAAUCAAUGAAUUAAUUAACCAUAACAGUGAAUUAAGAAAAUUUUAAUUGAUUGGAUAUAUCUUUUGAAUUGAUCAACAAAAUUACAGACGACUUAGGCGCAAGAUAAACCUUUUAAAGUGCUCCUUCAAGGCCUGCGAGAAUGAUUAAUUUACUUGUAUUUUCAAUAUUUCAGUCCUCACGACGACUCCUUCUUUGUGCUUCAUGCGAAGGACUAUGACAAUCUAUUUGAUUGUCCAAUGUUGCCCGAGGCUCUAAACAGAUUAGCUGUGGUAUAUAAGCUGGAAAACGACUGUGAGCUACAUCUGAGUGUAGCUGAAAGGUAAGGUCUUCUUUUUCUGAAGAAAAAUUUAUGUAUCUUUGAUAAAAAGUUUAAAAGCCUAGUACGUAAUAAGAUUUCAACCUUUCGAGGCUCUCAGCACUUCUCUCGAACAGAGAAAAAAACAAGGAUUCACUUAUUCAUGAUUUUGUUAAAAAAAUAUCCAACCUUCUGCGGUCAUCCACUAUUUUGUUAAAGACAAGGCGAACAUUUGUUUUCUAACACGCUACUUUAAGAAAUUUCAGAUAAAUCGCUGCAUUAUUUGAUAAAGUAACUCAAACUAUAAACAAAAUCCUUCAAGAAGUUUCAGUUUGAUUUUUAAGGAAAUCUUGCAGUUUCAUAAAGGUUAAUUGUAGGAAGUGGAAAGGAUAGGAUAUCAGUUAAUAUUCAUCAAAGAGUUGAGAUUCUAAAGCUAACCCUACACAGCUGACUAGAAAUCGUAUUUCAUUCUUUGGUUUUAGUGUGGACUGUCAAAUUAAAGGAGGAGGUGUCCGGCAUAUUCAUUUUUUAGCAAAAGGGACCUCUAGAUUAAAAACCUCACCUUCAAAGAAGACAUUUACUAUUGCAGCAUCUAUAGGUAAGUUAGAAACAAAGUAUACGUGAAAUAAUCUGGACUGUACCUGUCGUUAUCUGAUUAGCCUCCUCUGUCAUCUUUUGACAGGGUUUAAAAUGUGAACUUGGGAAAAAAUUUUAAAAGGCUAUGAAAGCACAAAGUAAUAAACCUAUUCACCUAGAAUUAGUGUGGAGGGACAAUUUGUCACUCUGUAAGACGAAAUCUUGUGAUCUUACUAUCCAGAUGAAACCUUUCUGGCAGAGCGGUUGCAUGGCAUUAUAAAUUCUUAGGAUUUUACAAAAAAGAAAAUGUAAUUUGGAACUUUUUUAUUUAGUGGAUCACCCGCCCGAAGAAGAUAUCCAUGUCCCAGGUAUAACUGAGGAAAGGCGGGUGAGUAUUGAACUAUUUGUAGAUAAAGUGGCACGGAAAUUAAGCCGCUCCUAUAGCGUCCAAGUCCCAGACCCAAGAAGCUUUACUGCCGUAGCCAAAGCCAUAUUUGGGCCGUCUGGUGGUGGUAUUCAAUGUAAAGGAGUGUUUGUAGACCUUCCAGAGGGAUCUCUAACCUCCCAUACCAAGGAGGUCUGUAUUCAGCUAUGCAAGAACAAGUCAGAAGCGGUGCCGCUCAGUGAACACGAAACUGUCAUCAGUCGGGUUGUGGAACUCAGCCCUCGUGACAAACCUCUGCAGCAUCACGUAGCUCUUUACUUGCCACUGGAUGAUGUAUCAUGGGAUGGCUUUGAGAGAUUUCUCCGUUGGACUCCAACUCAGUCUGGAGAGAAAGCCAACUGGAGAGAUGUGCGUGUCUCGGACACAAUACACGGCAAGGAUGAAGACCAAACGUUUGUUGAAUUGAGACAAAAGAAAGCCAAGGUAAACACCAAAGUGUUUGGUAUAUUCUGUAUUGUCUCAAGUGACCUGAAUCAGAACCUUGAACAUCCGCGGAAAGAAUCAAACACCAGCGAUGCUAUUAAAGCUUACAAGGAAAGCAACAAUACAAGUUUACUCCAACGAUUUCAAAGUUCACACACUGGCCAAAGCUGAUGUCCAUGGAUCAACGGUUCAAAAUAACUUAACUUCUUCAAGUUCUCAUCACAAGUCUGGAUUGUCCUUUUUAAAGCGAAUGAACAUCAUGAAAAGCACAUCCAAAACAUCAAGCAGCAGGAGCAAGGAUAACAACAGAAAGCAAUCAAUUUUUAAAGCAAAAUCCCGUUACUAUGAUGCUGAAGAUAAUUUUAAACCAUCCCAGGCCACCGAGUUACCAUCGCCUCCUACUGCCCCAACAACAGAAUGUCCAUCGUCACUUCCCCCUGUCCAAUCAACAAUAUGUCCACCACUGCCUUCCGCUGCUCCAGCAACUUCUUCUUCAUUGCCCCCUCCUCAUGUCCCUACAUCAAGCCCUACGUCUGAAGGACCUCCACCUCCUCCACCUCCCCCUCCUCCAUCCUCACAGCCGCCUGAAUCAUCAGCUGCUGCUUCUUCUGGUACAGACAACUCUUUUGCCGCCAUGCUGCAAGCACGCAAGGCAAACAUUCUCGGCUGA